UUACUUGGCGCCGGAGGUACCUAUUGCCGCAGCAGCAGCAGAAGCAACAGGUGCGCGUAGCUAAGAGGUUUGGGGAGCGGCCGCUGUCGUUGAGAAGUCGAGGCAUUACUGCAUUUCAGAAUGGAGCCAUCUCCAUUUAACCGAAGGCAAUGGGCUUCACAUUCACUGAGGAUAACUGCCAAAGAAUUGUCUCUCGUUAAUGCGAACACAUCAUCAGCUCUCCUGCAAAGGUUCUCCAAGUACCAGAAGGCAGCUGAAGAAGCAGCUGCGGAGAAAAAAAGGAGUAGCAUUGAUCCACUUCCCCCUAAUUUUAAAAGGGGGAACCUCAGCAUCUUGAAGAAGAAGUGGGAAAAUCCAAACUUGGGGACGGAAGUCCGGAAGGAAGCCGUGGAAAGCUGCCGUGCUGAGGUUAGGCAGAAGGCUGUCAGCCCUGGUGGUGGAACUGAAAGCGUCUCUGCUUCCCUAGCAGAAAUUAACCAAACCUCAGGGAUUAGUUCAAGAUUGAGACUUCGGUCCUCUUCCAGAUUGUUUGGCCGGUUCAGAUAUCCCAGUAUUGGCAGCGAAGACGAUAAAGCACAAUCAUCUCAGAGUGGGGAAAUGGAAAAUUGUCUUAGAGAAUCCAGACAAGACAUAGGAAAGCUGGAGACCAGUGAAAUCCCAGAAUCGUCAGGGAAAAUAGAGAAGUUUAAUGUUCCUCUAAGCAAACUAAAGAUGAUGUUUGAGAGGGGGGAUGCGGUUCAAACAAAGGUUGUUCAUGACCAUGGCAGAACUGCUGAGGGUAGAGUGUUCUCAGAGAGCCACUUCUUUUCAGAGGACCUCGACUUACCUCAUGGAGAAAGAAGCCACAAUUCUUCAUUUUCAAGCCCAGAGAAAGCAGAGAACAGGAGAAACCUAGAAAUACCUCGCUUUUCAGAAACAUCCAUCAAGGAUAGGCUUGCUAAGUACCAAGCGGCUGUGUCCAAGCAGAGUGGCUCUCACAGUUAUGUGAAUGAGACUCAAACUAAUGAAAAUGAAGACAAAGACUACAAUUAUGAGCAGAAGGAGAAUUUGCCACCAUGUUCUGACAAUUUAUUUCCCCAGCACAUUGAAGAAAAGGUUUCAGUAAGAGAUGGUUUGACUUCCAGUCUCUGUGAAGAUGGCACUGUUUACAAAUACAAAGGUAAAAAGACAAAUACCAGGGGUGUCAAACUGGUAGUCCGUGGACUGGAUGUGUCAUACAAUGCCCACCCCAGCUCCAUGAAGAGGAAAAAAGUCACAUGUCGGCAAUGUGAUGCCAAAUUUCAGGUGCCUGCAAAGGAAACAUGUAUUGCUUGCAAGAAGACUGUAUAUCCAAUGGAGCGUCUCUUUGCCAACCAGCAAGUCUACCACAUUAGCUGUUUCCGCUGUUCUUACUGCAAUAGCAAACUCACACUUGGAACAUAUGCCUCUCUUCAAGGACAUGUUUACUGCAAGCCUCACUUUAACCAGCUCUUUAAAUCCAAAGGUAAUUAUGAUGAAGGUUUUGGACAUAAGCCUCACAAAGAACUAUGGGCAAGCAAAACCGAAGCUGAUGACUGUAUUGGAAAUGCCACGGAAGCCCCUCAUAGUCCAGGAGUAGAAGAUGCCCCAAUUGCCAAAGUUGGGGUUUUAGCUGCCAGCAUGGAAGCAAAAGCUGCUGGAAUGCUUGAGAAGGAGGAAAAAAAUACAGAGACAAAAAAGCUGAAGAUUUCCUGGCCACCUCCUCCUGAACAAGGCAGUCAAGGGAAUGUCUUGGAAGAAGGCAUUCGAGUAUUCAAACCGAAGUGGCCCCCAGAGGAUGAGGUUCAGAAACCAGAUCCCCAGGAAGAAGUAGACCAAGAUCUUAAGAAGUUACGCAGAACAUCCUCAUUAAAAGAAAGGUGUCGACCAUUUACGGUAGCUGCCUCAUUUAGAACAGUAUCUGUGAGGAACCAUCGAAUGGAAAACUCAUCUCCUCCCAAGCAUGAAUCAAGUACCUCACAGCAAAGUGACGAGCUUGUGAAGGAGAUGGCAGUCCAGAACAAACCAAAGGAAGAAAGUAAUGCAAUUGAGUAUGUUGGUACACCAAACACUGCCGAGAAGGAUAGAGAAAUAGAUCAGGAAAAUGAAGAAGCACAAAAUGAAGCGUUCCUAUUGAAGAAUGGGCAGAAUCAUGCUGAACCUGAGGAAGAGGAAGUGGAGGAAGAAGGUGCAGGACAGCCAGCAUUUCUUGAGAAAGAACCAGUGAUUGGCAUCUCUUCCGAGUAUUCGUCCUCGGUUCUCUCAAGUGAAAAAGAAUUCUCCACUAGUCCAAAUUAUAGAUCCAAAGAUGCAGGGCUUUUUGAAGGAGAAGACCAAGACGGUUUAAGUGUGGAAGAACAGAUCAAGAGGAACAGAUACUAUGAUGAAGAUAAUGAUGAAGAAUAGAUUUUUAUUUUCUCUCUCUUUUUCCCUUUAAAUAGAGGACUUACUGAAAAGUGCAGAGCUUUAAGUUGGAGUUUAAUGUUUUGUUCUUUCCUAAAGCAGGCGUCGUUACGAAAGUGACUUUGUGUUGCAAAUUAGUGUGAAAAUCACAUAACUCUUCAGAUCUGUUUUAUAGGAAUAUAUUUUGGAACAUGCAAGAAUGUUACCAGUUUUGUGAGAAAACGUAAAUGCUUCAAAUCGUGGAGAUAGCUGCUGCUUCAGUUGAACGAAAACCUGUUUCACAUUCCAUUCUGUAACUUAGUCACUUAAAAGGCAUUGCAUUCUCUUCUGCUCACCACAAUUUCCGGCAUUUAACAGUUGAACGAAAGAGAUUAGGGCUUUGAUAUACUUAAUUAUGACAUCAACACUACUAAUAAUACUACUGCAGAGCUUCCAGAUCAGUUUCCAAGGGAUGGGGACUACUUUAAAAGAGACUGCACUUUAAUGUAUAUAUAAAAACAGAGUAAUACUUUUUUUUAAAAUGGUGGUAACACUGUUUUCAAGAGAGGUAUUGUUCAGUACCUAUAGAAUGAUACGCAGUCUGCAAUUUGAUAGAAGAGGAAGACUGACUUUGCUUGAUCAGGAUUAGGAGAGAAACUGUCCACUUUGCUUUUUAUUUUAUUUUAUUUUAUUUUGUCCAUACAACUCUAGUUGUAAAUUGGCAUCCAGAUGCCUGUGAAUCAAUUGGCUUUCUCCAAGCUGGGCUUAGGAGCAUCUUUGUUCCCAAGAAUUGGCUAAAGGAUGGCCAAGUUUUCUCUUUCAGAUGUUAUAUUUACCUUCUAUACUUGUUGUCCCGAAUAACAUUUUCCUCUUGAAAACUUGAUUCUCUCUUUUGACAAGCAAUCAGCGUUCUCUAUGAAGCAAACUGCCAGAUUUGACUCAGUAUGAAAAAAGUUGCAAGAAAAAGAAUCUAGUGGUAAACUUUUUUUUUUCUUUUGCCUUAUGCAUUUAGAGCUUUUCAACUUGGCUGCAUGUGUUAUAUAAAACAUAGUGUUUUGAAUUGGUUUAACUGCUUUGUUGCAAUAAUUUUAAUAGGGUUAUGCAGCGUUUUGGAUUCAAUUCCAAAAUGGAACCUGAAAGUCUGUGGAGCAUAAAACAGUACCUUCGGGUAGCUUUUAAAGCAUCCUUGUCUUUUUCCAGAUCAGAUGGCAACUGUAGAGGGCUGAUGAGCAACCCUGGGAAAAAAUGUUGCUGCUUUAAAAAGUUGCAGACCAAUGCUUAGUUCACACAUUUCCGUAUUCUGAAGCACCUUUUGGGAACUGGCUCUAAUGCAUUGUAUAAGCCCUUAUUUUUAAUCUGUAUUAUUUGUUCAGUUAAGCUCUAUCUAUAAUUUUACAAUUGUGAAAUAUCUUGCUUUUCUUACCAAUAUUAUAUAGUUUGAAACAUUUUUACUUAAAUAAAUGCUCUGUCAUUUUUUUUUGUGGGAA